AUGGCAUUGGUGGGCAAUGUCAUUGCCGACGCCUUUUCCGGAAACCCAGCUAGUAUCAACUAUGCGCUGUUCGCUUCCGUAUUCUCCUGGAUUGCCCUACUCUACGGUCUCGGGGCAGCCUUCGUUGAGAGCAUCGCUUUCCCCAUUCUCCUCCUCGUCCUUGAUGGGCUUGCGAUGAUCUUCACAUUUACUUCCGGCAUCGUCUUGGCUGCUAGGCUACAUGCUCGCAGCUGUAGCAACCAUGGCUACCUAAUCUCUAAUGGAUUGACGAACGGCUCUGGCGACAUGUCGAAAAGAUGCCGGGAACUCCAAGCCAGCACGGCAUUUAUGUGGUUUCUCUGGGCAUCAUACGUCGGCUCAUUUAUCAUGGACCUGGUACAGUCUCGAUCGUCCAUGGGCGGCCGCGGGGGCAUUCGCAGAGGUGCGCCAGCCAUGUCCCAGAUCUAA